GCUCGGGCAACAGCGUCCUGGAGUCCCCGAGUGGGCUGAGUCUCUGCGGCUCCGCGGCCUGGAGUCAGUCCUCGCGUGCGCGGGGGCCCAGCUAGGCGGGGAGUCGAGGCGGGGCCCGGACAUCCACAUCUUCCCCAUGUACAACGAUCUCUGGAGCAUCUGCGCCAUGAACCCUUCAGCUGAGUGGCACUUGGAGACAGAAGCAGCUCCAUGAGGAUGUUCAGUAGCCUGGUGCCUGUCCAGAUCAGGAAUCUGGUGGGAAGCCACUGGCUGUUAACAAGACAAUAGCUUUAGUAAAGCUUCUCUGCAGGUGUGUGUCGAGAGUGACUGUUACAGAAUUCUCAGAUUCAGAAAUAUUGAUCUCGAAGACAAUGAAGCGAAAUACCACAAAAAUGAGCUCUACCCACGCCCACAGCACCCGCUCAGGGGGUACCAAAGCCAGGGAUUUAAUGCACAAAAUGGCGAUUAAACCAGACUGGCUCACUUCAGAUCCUCAAAUGCGAAAAUGUCCCUACUCGAGACCCCAUUCUUCACCCUGCAGAUUAUAUUCAAAGAAUGUUUUCCAAGAUAUGUUCAGACCUUCUUCCUCAACCCCAGCUGUUGCAAAUCCAAUACUGUCCUUCUUAGACGUUAAACGGAUUUUAUUUCAAAAAAUUACCGAUAGAGGGGAUGAGUUGAGAAAAGCCUUUCAGCUGCUCGAUCCUGGUCAGAACUUGACAGUGUCAAAAAAUGAGCUGCGAAGAACCAUCACAGGCUUCCUGAUGCCCCUCACGAGAGAGCAGUUCCAGGACGUGUUGUCUCAGAUCCCCCUCACCCGCUCUGGGGCUGUACCGUACCUUGAGUUCCUGUCCAGGUUUGGUGGAAUUGACCUAAAUAUAAAUGUUCUAAAGAACGGAAGUGGGCAUGAAAUUAAUUGCUGCCGGACAUUAAAAGAACUUGAAAUCCAAAUUGGAGAAAAGGUUUUCAAAAACAUUAAAACCAUUAUCAAAGCCUUUAAGCUUAUUGAUGUUAACAAGACUGGACUGGUUCAACCACACGAGCUAAGAAGAGUUCUGGAGACCUUCUGUUUGAAGUUUAGGGACGAGGAAUACUGCAAGUUUUCAAAACACUACAACAUCGAUAAAGAGCCUACAGUGGAUUACAAUGUUUUCUUGAAGAACCUCGGCAUAAAUAGUGACUUGAACCUUAGAUAUUUCAUGAUAAACCAAGAUGACUCGUUUGAACAUCAACAAGGCAAAAGUCCCAAAAAGGAGUAUUUACUCAAUUACAUGUCAUCUAAAGAUGUCUGGAAAAACUACACCCUAGAUGAGCUUGGGAGGGCCUUUUGCCAAGAGUUUUCGAAGUCCUUUGAAAAGAUUGAAAAGGCUCUCAGUGCAGGGGACCCAGCUAAAAGUGGUUAUGUGUCUUUUAAUUACCUAAAGGUUGUCCUUGACACCUUUAUAUACCAAUUACCAAGAAGAGUUUUCAUCCAGUUAAUGAAAAGAUUUGGACUUAAAACCACCACAAAAAUCAACUGGAAGCAAUUUCUAACAUCAUUUCAUGAGCCUCAGGACAUGGACGUUAAUAAUAUGGUUCCUCCAAGAAAAAGAAGCAGCAUCAACUCUAGAAAUCAAUCUUGCAAGAAAGACACCAUCACAAAGUUAUUUACACAUUCUGAUGACUGCUUUGCAUCCCUGAAGAAAGCAUUACUGAUAAUCAAUACCAAAUCUGAUGGACAGAUAACAGAGCAAGAAUUACGACACAUCCUGAAUAACACGGUUGUAAAAUUAAGCGAUGCAGAUUUCAAAGAGCUAAUGCAAACGCUGGACCCCGGGGGCACCGGGAUGGUCAAGGUCUGCACGUUCAUCGAUCUGCUGGAAGAGAACCCUAAGGUAGAAGAAGCCGUUCGUGAGGCCAUUAGUAGGAGUCCACAGGCUUUUUACAGCAUGCUGCGAACAUCUGAUGCUGGAGACACAGGGCUUAUUGGUCGAAGUAAUUUCAAGAGAAUCAUGCUUAUAUUCUGCCCAUUUUUAACAAACAAGCAUUUCAUGAGACUCUGCAGUAAGUUUCAGGAUAUUGCUUCAGGAGGCAUCCUGUAUAAGAAACUUUUGGAAGGCCUGGGAAUUAAUGUCCUGCCCACCGUCUCUCCAGUUUCUGCUCCAAAGGAUCCCGUAGGUGACCAUUUUCAUAAUGCAGAACAGGAACACCUGGAUCUUUCUGAGAGAACGAAGCCCACCGAGAAGAAAACCACCCCGGCCAAGAAUAUGACCAAAGAAGAAGUUAUCGAAAAACUCAAAAACUGUAUCCAGCAGCAGGACCCAGCAUUCAGAAAACGAUUUCUUGACGUUGGCAAAGAUCCUAAUGGGAAAAUCAGUGUGCAUGAAUUUAGGAAGGUACUGGAAGACACCGGAAUGCCCAUGGAUGAUGACCAGUAUGCUCUGCUGACCAGAAAAAUAGGCUAUAAGGAGGAAGGGAUGAGUUAUCUUGAUUUUGCAACAGGAUUCGAAGGUAGCGAAUGGCCAGACACUCCGAGGAGUGGGCCAGAAGCAUCUCCACCUCAGACUCCAGUUUCUUCAAAAAGCCGCCAGAAAGGCCACUUCAUAACUGCUGAAGAGUGCCUGAAACUUUUCCCCAGGAGGCUGAAGGAGGAGUUCCGGGACUCCUACUCGGCCUUCUUUAAAAUGGACACCGACAUGGACGGCAUCAUCAGCAUGCGGGACCUGCACAGGCUGCUGCUGCAGCUGCUGCUCAACCUCAGGGACGAAGAAUUCGAGCGCUUCCUGGCCCUUCUUGGCUUGAGACUCAGCGUCACUUUAAAUUUCCGGGAAUUUCGAAAUCUGUGUGAAAAGAGACCGUUCAGAGAAGAGGCACCUCAGAGGAUCAUCAGACCAAAACAGAAGGUCGCAGAUUCAGAACUGGCUUGUGAACAGGCCCAUCAGUAUCUUGUUACCAAAGCGAAAAACAGAUGGUUAGACUUGUCCAAGCAUUUUAUGGAAACUGACAGCGAGGGCAAUGGCAUCCUCCGACGGCGGGAUAUAAAGAACGCUCUGUACGGGUUUGAUAUUCCCCUCACACCGAGAGAAUUUGAGAAGCUCUGGUCGAGCUAUGACACCGAGGGAAAAGGGCACAUUACUUACCAAGAAUUUGUACAGAAAUUGGGUAUUAACUAUUCCCCAACUUCCCACCGGCCUUAUGCAGAGGAUUAUUUCAACUUCAUGGGGCAUUUCACGAAGCCACGACAGAUACAAGAGGAGGUGAAGGAGCUGCAGCAGAGCUCGGAGAAGGCGGUGCCAGCCAGGGAUAAGCUUUUGGACCAUUAUCAAGAUAUCAGCAAAGCACUCGCCAAAAUCGAUAAAUCUAAGAACGGCUACCUAUCGAUACACAAGUUGCAGAAAGUGCUACAGGAGUGUGGUUGUUCUCUGAAGGAAGAGGAGCUGACCAGUCUUCUGACCAGUUGGGGAAUCGGCUGGCCUAAUAAUUCUGUCAGUUACCCUGACUUCUUGAGAGCGCUGGAGAACAGCAAGCCAAGACCUCCGCCGAAGGAAAAGGAGGAGAGCCUGCUGGUGGACUUCUCCACGCUGCCUCCAGAGGAGGUUGUGAAGACCAUCCAGGACGUCGUCGACUCCUCCCACCCCGCGUUGUUAAAGGCAUUUUCUGCCCUGGAUAAAGAGGACACAGGGUUUGUAAAGGCUACAGAAUUUGGACAAGUUAUUAAGGAUUUCUGUUACAAACUCACAGAUAAUCAAUAUCAUUAUUUUUUGAGGAAACUAAGAAUUCAUCUAAUCCCCUAUAUAAAUUGGAAAUAUUUCCUCCAGAACUUCAGCUGUUACCUUGAGGAGACAGCCGAUGAGUGGGCUGAGAAAAUGCCCAAGGGCCCCCUACUCAGCUCUCCCGUGGACAUGGCCACCAAAGACCUCCUGGCUCGGCUCCACAAAGCAGUGACUUCCCAUUACUACCCCAUCACCCAGGAGUUUGAGAAAUUUGACACCACGAAAACCAACACCAUCUCCAAAGAUGAGUUCAGGGCCGUCUGUACUCGCCACAUCCAGAUCCUGACAGAUGAUCAGUUCAACAGGCUCUGGAACGAGAUGCCGGUCAACAGCAAGGGCAGGCUGCGCUGCCUGGACUUCCUGUGCAGGUUCAGCUCCGAGAGGCCGGCAACGCCACCAGCCGCUGGUGACUCCGCUGAGGCCCAGAGGGGGAGCAGUGUUCCAGAACUCUCUGAGAGGGCCAGAUCUGCCAUGUCGGCAGCACCUUCUCAGGACCUGAGAGCAGGGCUCAAGUCCCGGAGUCACCCCUGUACUCCAGCGAGUGCGAUUGCGUCCCCGAAUGCCCUCCCCUUGCAGAACUGCGAGCCCAUAGAGAGCAAGCUCAGGAGGAGAAUCCAGGGCUGCUGGCGGCAGCUCCUGAAGGAAUGCAAAGAGAAGGACCUGAACAGAAACGGGGAGAUCACGGCAGCAGAGUUCCUCGCUCUUGUGGAGAAGUUCAACCUGGACAUAAGCAAGGAGGAGUGUCACCAGCUCAUGGUGAAGUAUGACCUGAGGAACAACGGGAAGUUUGCAUACCCUGACUUCAUUCAGAGCUGCGUCCUUAUGUUAAAAGCAAAGGAAACCUCCCUGCUGCAGAGGCUGAAAAUCCAGAACGCAAACAAAAUGAAAGAAGCUGGUGCUGAGACGUCUUCCUUUUACUCCGCGUUGCUGCGUAUUCAACCCAAAAUCAUGCACUGCUGGAGGCCGAUGCGGCGCACGUUCAAGACCUAUGACGAGGGCGGAACGGGACUUCUGAACGUGGCUGACUUCAGGAAGGUCCUGAGGCAGUACAGCAUCAACCUCUCGGAGGAAGAGUUCUUCCACAUCCUGGAGCACUACGACAAGACGCUGUCUUCUAAGAUCUCCUACAAUGACUUCCUCCGGGCCUUCCUCCAGUAGGCUCCAGUGGGCUCCCCCGACGGAUGGGCCACAGGGCUGUUUACAACACUAAUCAAAUCAUAUAAUUGAGGGGUUUAACAAAUAUUCCAAAUGUCUCCGGAAACAAACCCAAAGCUGAGCCUGGCCUGUGUCUGUCCCAGCUGCCCCAGGUGCUGCAGGCUGCCCUUCUGGGCCUCAGGCACCCUCAUACCUUAGUUUGAGCAAAUAAAAUAGUCUUUGCAAGAAUAACUCUUGAGACUUUAAAAGAACUACUAAUGACAAAUACUCUCACACCUGGAAUUUCUGGAGGUCGUAUCCGUGCCUGCCUGCCCUGCACACCAUUUUCUGAGGGCUGUGGCCUUCCUUACCGCCUGCUUCCGUGUCCUGGGUCACAGGACAUCUGUACCGCGCUGCACUACCCCGAUUGCCCUGUCUCUGUGCCAGAGCAUGGGCACUGACCUCCCCUGUCCCCGCCCAGGGACCAGCCAGCCUCGCUUCACCGUGGAACAGCCCACAUAUGAGCCAGGCCCAGUCAGCGCCUCAGGCAGGGCUCAGCCUUCCUGCGGCCUCCUGAGGUGCCCUGGAGCAAGCAGCAGAUUGGAACCACCUCUGGUGACCAUUGUGACAGGAAAUGACAGGCUUGACAAGCUCAGAGAAGCCUGAAACCUGCCGUUCUCCUUUCGCCUACUGUGCUGCUGAGAGGGAGACCCACGCAAGUUUCCUGCCUUCUGGUAGGAGGGACUGGGAGCUGCAGGCAGGAGCCAUGGCCUGAGAAGUGUAGCCACAGCUGCCAGGGAGUGGGGUGGCAAGAGGCCCCCCAGCGUCACCAACCAAAACGCCCUUCCCCACCCCUGCACAGGGCCCAAAGUAGGCCACACAGCGAUGUGAGCAGAGCUCUCCCUGUGAGCUGCCACUGCCGGCCCAGUGGGGAGAGACGCCCCCGUCCGGCUCCCAUACCCGGCACAGCUCCUCUGCUUCCAGGACAAAGUUUUGCUGUGUCACCUUUGGUUCCAUGUCCCCUCAUGUCCCUCCUCACUUCAGACUGGAUCCCCACACUAAGCAGGACAGGCUCAUGGGUGGCUUCGAUGGCAGCUGAGCCAAAAGGGGCCCCUAGCUGGCCUGGGCCUUCCUCCAGUCGGCCCAGCCCGCCUCUGCAGCGCCUGGCUCUGCUCUGCCCACGGCUCCUCAUCUCCAAGUUGUGAUUUGAGGGUCAGGGUGCCUUGUCUAGCGGUUCUUAACCUGUGGGUCGUGACCCCUUUGUAACAAUGAAAAUACAUUGCGGCAUUAUAAAGGUUAGAACCACUGCUGCAAUCAGUCUAAAUGGGGGUGUCUACACUCAUUAUAGCUGUGCAGAUGUGCCAUUAACCAAGUUGGAUGACGAAGGACUUUGCCAACAUGGCUCUUCCAUGAUAGCCUCCUACAGAGGCUUGCAGCAGCCAUGCACGCUUGGGUCUCUCUGUGGGAGGCCAACAAACCAGCACCCACAGCAGCCUGGCCACCAGGAGGGACACUGCUGCAGAUGGAGGUUCGUGGGCAGCUCCAAGUUCAGGCCCUGAACAGGUGCAUCAACAGAGCCACGCAGUGCCCCGGCACGUCCUCCAUGUAGGACACAGCGUGUCCCAGUGUCCUCAGCUAUAGAAACAGGAAGACCACACUUGUGUAUCUUCAUUGUGGGACCUGGCACAUGGGCCACAGACGUUCCCUGGAGAGAGGAUUCUCUGGGACAAGGAGAGCCUGUGAGGGCUGGAGGAUGCCAGCCUGGGAAUCAGGCAAAGGGACAGGGAAGUGCCGAUGUCCGGUGAGCAUGGUGCGCACAUGGUUGUUUAGGAAACUAAGCCACCAGAAGUGACCUUACCCAGUCUCACAGCCACAGAACUUGCCUCAGGCAGUGGGUGAUGGCCCAGGCCAGCAUUAAUGGCCUGAACAUGGGUGCACAGGCUCCCCCAGUGGACAGUACCAGGCAUCACUCGUCCCUAGCAGUAUCUCUGCUUUCUCACCCUAGCUCUCAUCGGCACCUCCUCCUGGACGCUGUCCAUCCCCUUCCACACGGCUCCCAUGCUCCUGAGGCCCACUCUGGGAUCCCCACAUUGGGGAAUUCUGUACCCCUGGGCAGAGUUGGAGAGCUCUGCUCGGUGCCCACAGAGGGACAGCAUCACCGGCUGGUGUGCAGUCUCAUCCUCUGCCACGCUGCCCCCCCCAAGAGCCUCUCCCAGCCCCCUCCCCCCUGGCUUUGCUCAUGAUCCACGUUCCUCUACAGAGAGGCACCUCCCGCUUCAGGCCCGCUUAGCCACUGGGCCACUGGAUGACCCCCGAGCAUCCCAAGGCCAGCUCCAGCCCAUGGUCCACCUCAGGCCUGCUCUUCCUGGCCCCACACUCUCCCUAUGUGACUGUGGCCAGUGUCUGUGUCAUCCCCCACUCUCCCUCCAGCCCUGCCUCCACCCCCAUGAGUGCCCAUCUCUAGUGCACAUCGGGCCCAUGGGAGGCACUUGGAAUGUUUGUGGACUGGGUAUGUGGGUGGGUGGGUGGGGGGAAGCAUGGAAGGAAAGAUACACAGCUGAGUGACCGGGUGGAUGGCGG